AUGUUUGUUUCCCGGGCAGCGGACAGGUGCUUCACCUUUUUCAAACUAUUUAGGGAAAAUAAAGGCUUUGACUGGAACGAGGAAUGCAACUUAGCUUUUCAAGAGCUCAAGCAGACAUUAUCCACGCCUCCAGUCCUUACUAAACCCGAACCCGGUGACACGCUGCUAUUGUAUUUGGCCAUUUCUGAUAAUGCAGAAAGCAGAGUCUUGGUAAAGGAAAAAGGAAGAGUUCAGCAACUUGUCUAUUAUGUAAGUAAAGUGCUCCUUGAUGUAGAAACACGAUACACGCUUGCAGAACAGCUCACCCUCGCUUUGGUAAUAGCUGCCAGAAAAUUACGGCCGUACUUUCAGUCACAUCCAAUUGUUGUGCUCACUAACCAACCUCUUAGACACAUACUUCAGAAGUCGGACAUCUCAGGAAGACUGUUCAAAUGGGCAAUUGAACUUGGCAAAUUUGACAUAUAUUUCAAGCCACGACUUGUAAUCAAGGCUCAAGCUUUGGCUGACUUCAUAGCAGAACUCACUCCGAGAUCCUCAAAAACACAGGCUAAGGACCCGAGCAUGACCUUGAAAAUAUGGGAGAUCUUUGUUGAUGGAGCAUCCAAUAGCUCGGGCUCGGGGGCCGGCAUCAUUAUCACAAGUCUGGACAAGACUAUGGAAAUACAGUGCACUCUCAGAUUUGAAUUCGAGGCCACCAAUAACGAAGCAGAGUAUGAACCCAUUAUCAUUGCCCUGGAACUUGUGAAAAAUCUUGAGUUGGAGCAUGUCAAAUUUUUCAGUGACUUACAACUAGUGGUCGGGCAAAUCGAGGGGUCUUUCGAAAGAAAGGUCGAGAAGAUGAGCUUAUACUGUUUGAAAGCACAGGACCUCCAUAGACAGUUCGUAAGUUGUGAAAUUUUGAAGGCAAGAGCCAAUAAUGCCAUAGUUGAUGCAUUAUCCAGACUCGUCUUCAUGAGUGUGGACGGGCUUGAUAGAACCGUGCACAUCAAGAUGGUUGCAGAACCCAGCAUAGCUCAAAGGCUAAGUGUCAUGGACAUCGACCACGAGCCCUCCUGGAUGGAUCCAAUAGUUGAUUACAUAAGUAAUGGCAACCUGCCUGCAGACCCUCGGCUUGCCAGAAGCAUUCGAUAUAGAGCUGCUAGAUAUUGUAUAAUCGAAGGAGUCCUGUUCCGCAGAAGUUUCACACUCCCCUAUCUAAGAUGUCUCAAACCCUCCGAGUCUCUUCAAGCCAUGACUGAAGUUCAUGAAGGCAUUUGUGGAAAUCACCAGGGAGCCCUAGCUCUUGCAUAUAAGUUGAUAAGGUAUGGGUACUACUAG